AUGAAUUCCAACCGCACUCACUCGCGACUGAGGGUACCCGGUCCACGCUGUGUCCGCUGCAUAAGAGCAAAGAAAGGUCCUUGCAUAGGUGGGAAACCGCAAUGUGACAGCUGUAGAGUAAAGGGUGUGCCAUGUCGCUGGAUCGAUCAGCCGCAGGAAGAAGGGAACGAUACUGACAACGAGGUGACCAAUAUUAAACAAAGGCGAAAACGUUCCCGUCCAUCCCAAACCAUACCGUCAACCACCACAUCCUCAUCCCAAACCCAAGCAGAUGAAGAUGAGACUGCCUUCGAAAGCCCUACCAAGAGACAAAAGCCCACCGAAGCCCCCCUGCCAAACCCCAAACGCACAAAACUAGUCCACACCGAAGUCAUCCGAUACAAGGCCGAGAGGCACACCAUCCUCGUUGACGACGACCCAGCCCACGCUCCCCCACACAUUGACAGCUACCCUGCCGACGUGCCGGACCGGUACCGGUAUCCUGCCCUGGUGACCGCCGACUAUGCGCAAGCGACUCCCCUGGUCCGGAUCGAGGAGCCUGUGACUUUUCACUUCCCACGUAUCUGUGUGGAGACGGAGGAGGUCGCUAUUGGGCCUUUGGGCGGUGAGGAGGAGGAAUGGAGACGUCUGGCGCCCGGGGUUCAUGGGGGCUGGAUGGCAUGGCCGGGUGGACGCUGGGUAUGGGAGGGGGAAGGAGAGUGGAGGUGGGUGGAGUGA